ACCCGGUGGGCCAGUGGGCAUCUGCCGCGCGUCCCGCUCCCGGCUCGGCGCUCCCGCUGCCGCCGGCGCCGCCUCGAUGUUCCAGCUGCCCAUCCUGAAUUUCAGCCCCCAGCAAGUGGCGGGGGUAUGCGAGACGCUGGAGGAGAGCGGCGACGUCGAGCGCCUGGGUCGCUUCCUCUGGUCGCUGCCCGUGGCCCCGGCGGCCUGCGAGGCCCUCAACAAGAAUGAAUCGGUGCUGCGAGCGCGAGCCAUCGUGGCUUUUCACGGCGGCAACUACCGCGAGCUCUACCACAUCCUGGAAAACCACAAGUUCACCAAGGAGUCGCACGCCAAGCUGCAGGCGCUGUGGCUCGAAGCGCAUUACCAGGAGGCCGAGAAGCUGCGUGGACGGCCCCUGGGGCCGGUGGACAAGUACCGCGUGCGCAAGAAGUUCCCCCUGCCGCGCACCAUCUGGGACGGCGAGCAGAAAACGCACUGCUUCAAGGAGCGCACGCGGCACCUGCUGCGGGAAUGGUACCUGCAGGACCCGUACCCCAACCCCAGCAAAAAGCGUGAGCUCGCCCAGGCCACCGGACUGACCCCCACGCAGGUGGGCAACUGGUUCAAAAACCGCCGACAAAGGGACCGGGCGGCGGCUGCAAAGAACAGACUCCAGCAGCAAGUCCUGUCUCAGGGCUCCGGGCGGGUGCUAAGAGGUGAGGAUGAGGGCACUACCGAGGUGCUGGGGACCACAGCCAGCCCAGCCGCCAGCCUGUCCAGCAAGGCAGCCACUUCAGCCAUCUCCAUCACGUCCAGCGACAGCGAGUGCGACAUCUAAGCUGCCCACACAGCAGGCUCAGAAACAGAAUCCAGUGUACAAAAAGACACAGACAACAUGAAGGAGGGAGGGAAGAGGAGAGACC